UAUGGUUCUGGCUUUUUGUGUUGCGGCGACAAAAAUAAUCGAGUUUUCCUAUUAAAUAAUGCAAAUUAUGACUUAAAUCUUACAAAAUACUACAAUAUGUCUUCAUCGGACCAACCCGAUCUCUUGUUCUUCGACACAUUCUCUCACGACACCAGCGAGGAGUUGAAUUUAGACCUGGUGCAGUUUCCAAAGUCAGUCUACGUCCGUGAGAUCCGGAUAAUCCCGCUGGGCGCGCGCGUGGAGGGUGAUUUCCCCGGCGGGGUGCGUCUGGGGGCUACGAACCCAACCAAGUUCCACAUCGAUUUCUUCGUGAAUGACCUGAGCAAGCCCGGCGCGUCCACGUUCGAGGCGCUGGGCAGCCUCGACUACUGCCAGAAUGGACAGAUACACAUGGAGUGCGCGGCCGGCCCGGAGGACACCCGCACUCCCACCGAUGGGCUUGUGUUGAGAGGUUUAUACACAACUAUCACCCUGGCCGUCUAUGGAAACCUGACACAGGUGAUCCCGGAAACCCCACCUAUUGGGACCAGUGUCCCACCUCCCUCGGUGCCCAAGCAGGCUCUGCCCCGGGAAGUGGCUGCCGUCCCACCGACCAGCAUCCCACCACCACCAGUAGAAUGGACCCAAGAGGCACCCAACCCCAUCCCAACAUACACCGGGCAAGUGGCCGCAGCCAUGCCCGAGGUGUACGGCCCUCCAAACUAUCCACCGGAUAGCUACGACAACCAGAUGUACCGUGCCGAUUACUAUGAUGCAGAAGCUCCAAAGGACCCUAGAACUUAUCAUAUGGAAGGUCCCGAGUGGGAUAAAGAGAGAAGGCUGAGUGCCGAGCGAGACAGACAGAGUCCUCGGUCUGAGCAUGACAGAGACAGGGACAGGGAUAGGAGAGAUGGCAGAAGCCGGAGACGGUCGCUGGACAGACGCAGCCGGGAGUCGUCCCGACUGCGGGACCGGAGUCGUGAGCUGGACCGCCACGACCGCCUGCACUCGCGGUCCAGGAGUCGGGACCGCGACUACAUCGUGAAGGGAGAAUACCGCCCCCGCACUCGCUCGCGCUCCAGAAGCCUCGACGGCAGACUAAGGUCCUCUGAACGAGAUUGGGACAGGUCUUCGUAUAAAAAAGAUGAUUACAGACGCCAUCGCGAUGGCUCCUAUGAAAGAUCUAGAGCUGGAUCCUAUGAUAAAAGAUCUGGCUCCUACGAACGACGCUCACCUUACGACAAGCGAGCGCCGUCCUACGAAAGAAAAAGAUUAUCUCCCUACGACAAAAGAGGAUCGUCUUACGAAAGAAGAGCUCCUUCGUACGAGAAGCAAAGCACGUAUGACAAGAAGCGACACUCGCCGUACAACCGGAUCCGCGGGUCAAGCUACAGCAGUCGCUCCCCGAGUCGCGAAGACCCCCGGAAGCGGCCGCGGACGCCGCCCGGCGAACGAAGACCUCUGUCGCCCAGAGAAGGAAAGGUCAGUCCUACUACCUCUAUAAGAUCGGAGACGGGAGAGUUCGACAGAAGCGGCAAGCAGAUACCCCGGGUCGAGUUCUACCAUCAGAGCUACAGACAGAAAGCUGUGGCGUCUAUUAGAAGCCCUUCGCAAGAACCUGAAAAUCCACCGUUCAUUGAAGCUCAACAUUCAAGUCUGGUCACCGUGCAAAUAGUGGACACGCCUCCAGUUGUGAAACUUCCAAUAGAAUCUCCAGGGAGAAACGUGGAUGAUGAGAAAUCAAUGGAUGCUGAGCAGUUUGAGCCGAUUCUCUCAGAUGAAGACAUUUGCGAUGAUCUGGAAGCGCCGGCGUAUAUGGACGUCGAUUACGAUGUUAAUGAAUACUGCGGCGUUGAUGACAUCAUCAAAUACUAUAAUCCAUUCAAAGCAGAAUGGGUUCAAUACGAAAAUAUGAAUAAAAUACAUCUAGUAGCUCCAGUAAAGAAAGAUGGCGUAAAAGACGUUAUGAAUGCAAGUUUUGAAGAGCUAUGCAGUACGAAUGCUGAUCUGUUCAAAAUAUCCGAGUUAACUAAAGCAUGUAAGGGAAAAUUCUUUGCAAGCACUUUUGCAGAAAUAGACAAUGCGAGUAGAGAGGACUGGGUGCACCAGUGUGAACAACUGUUUCUAUCCCUGACAAGUCUGUGCAAGACCAGCGAUAUCAUCCUUCGUAUAUUUAAAAAUCUCGACAAAGCAGAAGAGCCUGACGAAUUUAAUGACAUCUACAAUUUACUCAUAAUAUUUACUAAAAUAGGAUUAAGUUUUGACUCGGCCCUUGCCCAGCAGCAACCCACAUACAAAGUGAGGCACAUGAAGUGUGGCAUCAGGUUAGCUGAAGGAUUGUUGUCCCACAAAAACAACGGACAAGUGACCAAAAUCCUCCUUAGUAUUGGAAUCAAUAUACCGAUGCAGCUUCUGGAAAUGUAUUCCAAGGAAUACAUGGCACUGAGUAUUAGACUGAUGAUACUAAAGAGCUUGAAUGCUGCGCUUUCCUCUAAGGAGGCUGUGGAACAUUUUAUGCAGAAAGCCGUUUUCCCGAGGUUCGGUAAAAAUGACGACAGUGAGAGUGGACCGAAAAAUGGCUACCAAGCACUGUUAGCUAUAAUGCAAACCAAUCCCCUUGCCAGAAUCAAGUUCUCUGUGAGUGCUUUGAUAAAGAAACUAAACAUGUACGAACUGUUGGAGAAACUUCAUGAGUUAGUUCUGAAAAUGAACAAAUCCACAGCAGAAGAUAAACCUGAUGAAGAGGUGGAACUGACGGAAAAAGAAACUGAUUUUAUUGUGGAUUCUCUGGGAGAAAUACUGUACAUGUACCGGUCGCAAUGUUUCCACAUCUCACAGCCCAAGAGGUUCCUGCCAGUCUCGGCACAGUUUGAAAUCAACAAGGAGUGUUCCAACGAAAUCUUACUGGAAUUCUUCAACAUCCAUCGCAUAUUGGAAGUGUGCCUUUACCUCCUGACUGCCCCAUCAACCUGUAACAACUUGGUGGUGACGAGUCCUAUCCACGAUUUCCUCUACGAACUCAUACACUCGCGUAAUGGAUUGAAUUUCCUGUACAAAAACAUGGAUUUGAGCGAACUGAUAUUCAAGAUUCUGGUGCAACCGUACGGACAGCAAAACGCUGAAGACUUCGUCUACCUUCACGACACCAGCAACUACACAGAACUACAAAUCAUUGGACUUGAAUUGGCGUACAGACUCAAAUCUUUGUACUAUUUGGAGUCAAUCUGCGACAUCCAGGCGGGCCAGCCCGAUGAGAACGAGCUGAUCGAUAGAUUGCAGUCUCUGUACUGUCUCAGCUUCGGUACCGUCGGCAAAACCGCCGUCCCCGACGUCAUAGCCAUGGGGGACAAUGCCGAGUGCCUCAUGGAAGUCUUCGAAAGAGAUUUGAAAGGGAAAACCAAGACGGAUUCGCCGCCGAAGCAAAAAUCACCAGCUAAAGGCUAUGCGAUAGAGCUGAUAGUUUUAGCAGUAAGAUUCUCGGCUGACGUGCCGUUUUUGAAGAAGUUUGGGCCCAGGAUUUUGAAUGUUGCGCGGGAGCAUGAUAGGUUCGAGCCGAGCGUUUCAAGCGUGUUGCAGGAAGUGGUCCCGUACUUGACUCCUAUUGAAAAGACUAACUUAUUGUCUGGAGACGACAUGGUUGAGUGUGUGGAGAUCAUUAAGACAAGCGCGGAGCAUGCGCCAGAUUUGCCCGGAGAACUCAUGACGUGUCUGCGAAUCUUGAGGCAUUUCUGCAUCUCAGACUACAAUGCCAACAUCACUGUAGCCACAGAGUCGUCCACUGAUGAAUACGUGGAACUGAAGUACAAAUACAGCAUACUACAGCUGUUUUCCUUGGACGGAGUGGCACAUUUGGCGGGGAUCCUCGAUAGAAUCGCAACGCACUUCGAUCAGCCGAGCAUGCAUACGGCAUUCUUCGCUUCAGUAAAAGGGCUUCAGUUGGCGCAAAUGUUGCUGCCAUGUUUGCGAUUGUUGGACGAAAUGUUGGCCAGAGUGGUGCGGUGUCGCGGCUCCAGAUUCCGAGACCUCACGGCCGCUCCAGUGUUGUUGAAAACUUAUGGGAUUGCGAAAACGUUUCCGGUAGGGUCGGUCGGGUACGCAACAGCCAGCAAAGCGGCCGAAGCGGCUGUCAGAGCUCUCUUAGCGUAUUCACAACCGAUAGCCGAUGACGCUAAAGACGGAGACUCGAUACGAAGAGGACCUUGGACUUCCUUGUGCUCCGAAGUUAUUUCCUACACUAUGACGGCUCCUUACACCUUUGUCCCCGGCCUAUUGGUCUUCUCAGAGCUUCUACCUCUACCCCUACCGAUGCAGACAAAGAUACCACCCACAGAAAGAGAGUUGGCAGACGCAUUCAACGAGCGAAGGCUGUGGUCGGCUCACUUACACGCGCUGUCGAAUGACUUGAUCGACAUGAUCCAGAUCAUCUGCAUGUCGACUUACCGGCCCGUGGUCCACAUGUUGCGGAGAGUGUGUGUACAAAUAGCAGACUUGGCCCCCAACACCGCCGCCACCGUGGCCAGGGCUGCUAUAGGAGCGGUGACGAAAGAGUUGAAGGCCGGAGAGCCAGCCAAUGGCAGCGCAGCGAGGGUGUUGAGUUUCUUGGCAUGUUUAGUUGCGCACGCGCCGGUCAAAUGUGCCGUAUUGCAUGCUAUUAACAGCGGUGGCCCGAAGGCGGCUGACGUUCAAACCGCCCUUUGCGGUGUCCUAGGCCUCUCCAACACUUCCCACGAACACGCAACGGCUCAAGAGUUUGCCGCAUUAGCCCUAGCAGGGUUAUGUGAUGCGGAAGUCACGCUGACACCCCUAAGCGCACCCGCAGAGAAAAUCGUGGCCAAUUCGCUACCGAACAGAGAAACGUUAUCAGCAAUACUAGACGCGACUGCCGACUGCCUCGCGUCGCCCAACAGAACCUGCUCAGUCGCCUCUUCGAUCCUUCGAGCAUACUUCGUACUAACAGAACACGAGUACGGCUUCCAACAGUUUCGAAAAUUCGCGGCGAAAAAGCGCGAUCUUUUGGGCUCGUUUUUCAAGUGGGUUCUAGAAACGGCCGGGGAGGAUAAGCUCGAGUGUCUGAGUCUGUACGUGGACCUGAUCAGGAUACUUCGUUUGGAGGAGGGCGAGGGUGCGGUGGGGAGGAGGUCUACUCUGACUCCGCAUGAUGUGGCCGACAUGGUGGGGUAUACUCCGGGGGAGGAAUCGCAUCCGGCGCUGGCUAUGGAGAGCAUUUUGAAGGAGCGCAACAUAGACGAAGAGGUCAUCAGCAACUGUUCCCUCAUCCCCCCUCUCCUCCACGACUUGCCCCCGCUGUCGCCCCGCGCGGGGGCGGAUCCCCCCUCACCCCCCGCAGCCCCCGCGGACCCCCUGGUGGCGCAGUUCGCGGGGCGCGCGGGGCAUGCGGGGGGCGCGGGGGCGGAGGAGAGGCUGACUAGUAGCUAUUGGCUGGACGUGCCGCCGAGACAUCAUGAGGAGGAGGUCAAUGAUGGGGAACUGGUAUCAUGCGACAUAAUGGCGGUAGCGGUGUCAGCCCUGGCGGCGGGCGGCGCGGCGGCGCUGGCGAGCUGCGUGCGGCGACUCGCCGGCGCCGUGGACCGCGCCGCCGCGCCCGCGCGCGCGCCCGCACACGUACCCACUGCCGUGUCAGUAGCACGAGUCCGCAGCGAGACAGCGGACGCGUUCCGCUCCCGCCCGCCCAACACGAGCCGCCCGCCCUCGCUGCACGUGGACGACUUCACCGCGCGCGCCGCCGCCGCGCCGCCCGCCCGCCCUCACACCAGGGGCAUGCGCCGCGGCAUCGCGGUGUCGGACCGCGGGCGCUUCGCCUCCGCCACGCCGCACCACCCGCACUACCGACAUCUUCGCGGCCGCGGCGGCGCGUGGGACAUGGGCGCGCAGCACUUCGGCCACUUCCCGCCCGCCUCGCAGUACAUGAUGGGAGGCGGCAUGGGCUGGGGCGGUGCGCGGAUGCAACGAGGACCGAGACACAGGUCCUUCAUGAGAUAGACAUUCUACUCCAACGUAUUACACCUAUUGUUUACCAACUAUCCCUACCGAUUCAGUGAAAGUAUAUCACAAGUAACUCUAUUAUCUAUUGACCCGAAGAACUUACCAUCAAUACUUAGACACACGUUAAACGCGGUGAAGAGGUUGUCAAAAUCACACCCAUUAAAAGUAGUUGAAUGUUUUGGAUGGUCAUAUUGAAUUAGUAGAAAUUCUCUAAUUAUAAAUCUAUGCAG